GUCACUCCGUUAAAACAAUCAGAAUGCUAUUUCUUGCCUGCCUCUCUAUGCUAAUCAGCUAGCUCAGUCUCCUCCCCUCCAGCCUCCCUUAAGAACUGUACACAUCCAGCUGUCACAGGGGCGAACUCCAACCAGGCAGAUUUAAGCCUUGAUUUAAUCCUGCAGCGUUUUUUUCCCCCUUCGCUUUACAUUUCUCUAGCAGUCCUCUCUAUACUAGAGGGACUGGACUUUACAGCAGAGAAGGAACUGUAAAUGGCUAAAAUUGAACAGAGAGCUAAUUUCACCGAGAGACAUCGUUUCUUUUUGUACGUUCUAAAAGGGGAAAGUUCCAGGGAUCUUUGAAAUAAACUAAGAAUUCAGUCGUGUUUCCAGCCAAAUAAGUUGGCAUCUUUGUAGGCAGGAGGUGCGAUACUGGUAAAUAUUUACUGCAGAAUUCUUAACCAGGAGAAACUCUGGCAUGCUCUUCGAGGAGUAAAUGUUUUACAUGCGAGGCGAGUUCUUGCGCGUGCCUCUGUGUUCUUUCCAAGUAACUUCUGAAGACAGUUUUUGAUGUCUGGCGAAGACAAACUGCGCUAGUGGUCCCCGAGUCACAGCCAGAUCGUUGGUAACAUGUCUACAACACAGAGGAAAGACGACAGCCACCUGUUCACCAGUUUGUGCACGCGUCAGCUGAAGGUUCAGGAGGAGCAACCACAGCAAGAAAAAUAUGUCAUUGCUCAGCCAAUAUUCAUUUUUGAGAAAGGAGAACACAAUUUUAAGAGACCUGCGGAAGACAGCCUGGAGGAAACGGCAGAGCCUGAAUUCACUGGUUUCUUGAGAAAGCGUGUAAGGUCUUCAUCUGUUACACUCCAUACUACAGAUCCCCAGUCUCUAGGAGUGGCAACUUUGUCUCAGACGCGUUUGAGGUCCUCGUCAUUCACUGAUGUCCCAACCUUCCCUCCAUGCAGGCCAGCGAGGAAAAUCAAUGUUUUUAUGACAUCACGUCUGCUGCAAAGGAGUGGUGACAUGAACAACUUAGAGCAAGGUUCCCCCGUGAGACCUUCGGAACAGGUUCUAAGACCGGCUAUUCUGCAGCCGUCUCAAACUCAGAGCUGUCAGAAAGCAGGCACGACAUUUGGACCCGGUGCAUCGGAAUCCUGCAAAACUAAGGAAAAGGCCGAGCAUGAGAUUUCUGAAGUUGGAAAUUCCUCUAGUUUACUAAGUGAAAAUUUACCAAAUGCCAGAAGUUCAGUCCAGCUGUCUACUGAUCCAUGCAUCUCAGAGGCACCAUUGGGAUGCCAACCAAAGGAAGAUGAAUGUCCUUUUACAAGCUGCAGUUCUGACUUCGUUUUUGGAGAAAACAUGGUAGAAAGAGUUUUGGGCACUCAAAAGCUUACUCAGCUGCCACUUCAAAAUCUGUCCUAUGCCAAGGGAAAAACAUUCAAAUCUGUUCUGAAAUUCCCUAAUGCUGCUUCAAAUUCAAACUCGAUUAAAAACAUAUCCCUAAUCGAGUCAGCUGCUGCCUUUACCUCCAAACCAUCACAAAAAUGCUUGCCCGAGAAGAUUGAUGUUAUAACGGGAGAAGAAACUGAACAUAACGUGUUAAAGAUCAACUGCAAGAUCUUUGUAUUCAACAAAGCCACAGAAUCCUGGAGUGAAAGAGGACAAGGGAUUUUGCGACUGAACGACACGGCUGGCCGAGAGUGCGGAACACUGCAGUCAAGACUAAUUAUGCGCAACCAAGGCAGCCAGAGGCUGGUCCUCAAUAGCAGACUCUGGGCUCAGAUGAAGAUUCAAAGAGCAAGUUAUAAAAAUUUGAGGAUAACUGCGACUGAUUUAGAAGACGAUGGUAUAAAAAUAUUUUUAAUUCAGGCUGGUGCCAAAGAUACAGGCUUUCUGUAUGCAGCAAUCCACCACCGUCUGGUCGCGCUUCGAAGCCUCAGUAAACAGGGUGAUGGUGGUCCAGCCGAAAGCCAGUCGGAUACAGCCCUCCCGCAGUUCAAUGGCGAGAGCUGUGACGAGGAUGAGGAUGAGGUCACACACGUCACUAAAAAUGGAUCAGAUCCUUCAAGGUGGAGCCAAAGACAGUCCAUUGUCUGUUCAUAAGCCCUCUCUGCUAUGAACAUGACAUCUACAGAAAGAGUGGCCACUCUGUUGAAACGCAAGACCUUCCUAACUGAGAAGACUCUACUCAUUCCUUAAAGAGUUUUUUUAAUUAAAGAAACAAACACAAUUUAUUGUAAUUAAAAGUUUUAAUUUUUCAUUAUUGCGGACAGAAUUUAAGAAAUGGCCUUCAGAAUUUAUCCUUUUGUGGAUUACUCUAGAAUAAGAUUUGAUAACUAAUUUGGACUAUUCAUUGCACUGAUGGAUAUAUUAAUUAAAAGUACAAAUUGUCAGUUUUGAUAAAUCUUUGAUACAUACCUAAAGUAUUUAUUUUAAGUCGUAUAUUGUCUGGCUGUAAAAUAUAGAAUAUCUUACUAAAUUUACAGUCAUCUCUUUAGAAAAUAUCGUAAGUGCAAGGCAUUUUAUUAAACCAUGUGUAUAUUCUGAGAAAUUUAUAUUUCUACUUACACUUUGAAUUUCCUAAUACAUACAUUCAAGGAAGAAUUUUACAAGAGUGUCCGUUCGUGAACUUUUAUCCAUUGCAUCUUAUGUAUUUGACUCAAAGUCAGCUCACAAGAGUUGAUGAAUAAUUGAACAAAAUGUAUUACCUAUGUGUCAAAAAAUAUACAGAAGCCAAAUAUCGAUGUGCUUUAUUUAUGUGGUUGUCUUAAUAGUCUAUAGGUGUAAGCUAUGUAGAAGCCAUUUUAUAACAAAUGUCUCAUGUAUGGCCAUAUGAUUAUCUCAAAUUCCAUCAUGAUGAUAUAGUAAUUUUAACAAUUUUUACCAGAUGCUUUAUACCUUUUUGACAUUUCAGAGUCACUUUAUGAAUCACGCAUUAAAAAUCCAUGUCAGAAUUGAGGGCAAUAUUUAAUUUUAUUAGUAGCCCCAAACAAUCUCAUUACAGGAUAAAGAUUCAGUGUCAUAAAUGGUUUUGUAUGUGUUCUGAACUCUGAUAUACUUGUAAUAAGGCUGAAACUUUACAAACUGAUACACUGAGAAAAAUAUUCUUUGAAAGCAUACAUAUGAAUAUAUAUUUUAAAAGUUGACAAUGCUUUACUGCCUCCAUACAACAGAAGUAUCUGCAUGUGUCUAUCUAUUAAUCAAAUCUCAGUUUAAAUCUGAAAGUCUGGCAUACAAUGGCUGAGUAAGGUCUUCUAGAGUAGGAUUCAAUUAAUAUGUUCAAAAGAGGAUAGAAGGGUAUCAAGGGCUGGAGAGUUAGCUCAGUGGUUAAGAGCACUGAUUGCAAAAAAAAAAAAAAAAAAA